AAAGAAUAAACAUCUCUUAUGGAAUCAUCAUCUAAAGCAAAGUUGCCUAUUGGAUUCGCGGUCGAACCUAUUUCAGACUGUCCCCACAUUCCAGAGACGAUUCCGUUGAGUGUCUCAAAGGCGCCUGUGUGUGCUAAUUGUGGAGAUAAAAAGGAAAAUUGGCAAUGCUUGACUUGUGGAUCUAUUCUGUGUUCCAGAUACAUUAACGGCCACAUGAGUGAGCACAGUACUGAAGCAGGUCAUUCUGUUUGUUUGAGCUACAGCGAUCUUUCGGUUUGGUGCUCUCAAUGCGAGAGUUACAUCAAGGGCAGUGUACUUCAAGACAUCAAGCGAUUGGCGUAUCAAGCUAAAUUUGGUGAAGUUGUGCCAAGUGCAGCAGACAUAUAAAAUAAAAUAAAUAGAGAACCCGUUGGGAUGUGAUAUUUUCAAAGACUGCUAAAAAAGAAUUAUUAGUGAAACCCAGUCAAAAAAAAAGAAAAACUCAACCACAGUUGAUGAAAACAGAAGUACUGUGACAAACAUGAGAGAUACAUCUUAAUAAACUUGGCUUUCCAAGACUUAUUCUCUUAAGUAGAU